AUGGUAUCAAUUCCAAUUAUUGGGCCAGAUACUCCGUCUGGCGAUAAACAUUAUAAGACGCCUAAAGCGUUUCCUAUCGGUCCUCACUUCAAGAGGUACGAGCAUAACCCUAUCUUGACUCCUAAUCCUGAUAACGAAUGGGAGGCAGCAUACGUUUAUAAUGCCACGGCAAUUGUGGUGGAUGAAUAUGUGUUUUUGUUAUAUAGGGCACAGAAUAAGGCUCGGACUCUGAGUGUGGGAUUGGCAUGGCUGAAGGACGGCUACAACUUCAGACGGUACUAUAAACCGGUUUUGUAUCCUACCGAGAAGUGGGAAGAAAGGGGUGGAUGUGAAGAUCCACGGAUAGUGAGAGACCCAGUGCUGAAGAAGUUUAUCAUGACAUAUACUGCUUACGAUGGAGCGCAUGCUAGGCUCUGUGUAGCCGAGUCAUUUGACUUGUUUCACUGGAAGAAACAUCCGCCUAUCAUCAAGGAUGAUAACUUUGAUGAGGUAGCCAAUGCUCUUGAUGGGUCCCAUUUCAUUCGUCGGGCUUGGCUGAAAAGUGGUGCUGUGUUUGUUGACAAGCAUAAGGACGGCAAGUACUACAUGAUCUGGGGAGAAUCUGGCUUCUACUUAGCUACAAGCCCUGAUUUGGUCCAUUGGGAGAUCACUAGCAACAAUUAUCUGUCUGCUGUUUUCACAACUGGCAAAUUCAACUGGCAGGACCGGUUAAUUGAGCCAGGCCCUGCGCCUAUUAAAAUUGACACAGGCAAUCGUCAUCAAAACUACUACAUUUUGUUCUACAAUUCUUCUACAAUUGGCGGCGGGCCGUACCCAAAAGCAACAUACACAAUCUCGCAAAUGUUGAUUGACUACGACAACUUGAAAGAUGGGCCCUUGGCUCGGUUGGAGAAACCGGUCUUGGUCCCUGAGGACGCUAGCGAAGUGACCGGUCAAGUCGAUAAAGUGGUAUUCACCGAAGGUGUAGUCCAGUUCAAGGGUCAAUGGUUUUUGUAUUUCGGACAAGGCGACUCUAAGCUAGGUGUUGCAACUUGUCCAGCAUAUUAA